UUGUGUUGCUAGAAGGUAUUUACUGGAUGUGAUUUAAUUUCGUAUCAGUUGACUUUAAGUAAAGGAGAUGAUCCCAGGCAGUCCAGCUGGGCCAGAUUCAAUGGGUUGGAGGACAUUGAGGCAGAGCUCCAGCUUCCUGAGACAAGGCGGAAUGGUAGCCCCAAAGCUGUCUGCUUCCUAAUCCCUGGGCCUUGUGACUAUGUUAGUUUACAUGGCAAGAGGAGAAUUAAAAUUGCAGAUGGAAUUAGGGUUGCUAGUCCACUGACUUGAGAUAGAGACGUUACCCUGCAUUAUCUGGGGAUGUCGUCACACGGCUCCUAAAGGUGGAAGAGGGGACAGAAGCACAGUGUCAGAGAAAGGUGUGAGGCCAGGGCAGCCUGAGGGCAGAGCCAGCUGAGGGCUUUGAGGACGGAAAAAGUCAAGGGAGGGAGCAGGAUCCGGGAAUGUAAGUGGCCUCUACACCAAUAUGGAGAAAUCUCGUCUGUACUAAAAACACAAAAACUAGCUGGGCAUGGUGGUGCAUGCCUGAAUCGCUUGAACCAGGGAAUCGGAGGUUGCAGUGAGCUGAGAUCACGCCAUUGCACUCCAGCCUGACAACAGAACAAGAAUCCGUCUCAAAAAACAAACAAACAACAAACAACAAAAAAACAGAUUUUUUUUUUUUUUUUGAGACGGAGUCUCGCUCUGUCGCCCAGGCUGGAGUGCAGUCACGCGAGCCCCCAGACCUUUCCCCACCCCCAAACAGGCCUUGGUGUAGAGAGGGAGCGUGAUGGAGUCUUGCGGAAAUGCCAGGGUGGGAAGCAUCACGCGGCCCUGACAGACAUCCUCCCGCAGGUGUGUGGCAGCCCUGACAUCCUGUUGCACCUUCUCAAGUCGGUGGCCACCUAUAAAGGCAUCGAGCCUCCCGCAUCGCUGAUCCAGUGGUUCUGGGAGGUGAUGGAGUCCUUCUCCAACACAGAGCACUCUCUUUUCCUUCGCUUCGUCUGGGGCCGGACGAGGCUGCCCAGGACCAUCGCCGACUUCCGGGGCCGAGACUUCGUCAUCCAGGUGUUGGAUAAAUACAACCCUCCAGACCACUUCCUCCCUGAGUCCUACACCUGUUUCUUCUUGCUGAAGCUGCCCAGGUAUUCCUGCAAGCAGGUGCUGGAGGAGAAGCUCAAGUACGCCAUCCACUUCUGCAAGUCCAUAGACACAGAUGACUACGCUCGCAUCGCACUUACAGGAGAGCCGGCCGCCGACGACAGCAGCGACGAUUCAGAUAACGAGGAUGUCGACUCCUUUGCUUCAGACUCUACACAAGAUUAUUUAACAGGACACUAAGAUGGGGAAACGUCCUCGUGAGACGAGAGCCUGAGCCAGGCAGCAGAGCGCUCGCUGCUGUGUAGACUGUAGGCUUCCUGGUGUGUCUGAUCAGAAGCGUCCGUCCUCGAGCCAGGCGGGAGGAGGGGGUGGAGAGACUGACUGGCCGUGAUGGGAAUGACAGUGAGAAGGUCCGCCUGUGUGCGUGGAACACUGUGGACGCUCGACUUCCAAGGGUCUUCUCACCCGUAAUGCUGCAUUACAUGUAGGACUGUGUUUACUAAAGUGUGUAAAUGUUUAUAUAAAUACCAAAUUGCAGCAUCCCCAAAAUGAAUAAAGCCUUUUUACUUGUGGGUGCAAUCGAUUUUUUUUCUUUCUCCUUUCUUUCAAGUGUCGUGAGUCGUCUUGAUUGUAUAUUGGAAAUAACUGUGUAACAAAUCAUAUUAUAAAUAUUUCAAUUAAUUUUACUCUGAAUUUGUUUAUUAAAAGCCUUUUGAACAUGAAA